AGUCACUUAAUGAUAAUCAGUUAAGUUAAACGUAUUCCAUUGCCGUUUGGUUUUUCUGUUGUUUUAUCGUUUUCGUUCGCUGUUUGGUGUUUGGCCGUUGUGUUUUCGUUGGGUUGGUUUUGCCCAAAGAAAUUUUUUAUUUUCUUUUGAUCGUUGAGGAUAUUUAUUUUAUUUUUUUUUUGGUAGUAAAUGUGGAACAGAUAAAGUGCCAAAUUUGUUUAUUCGGUGAGACAAUUGACGUCAGAAGAAGAAAGAGAGCGAAUUACGGCAUCAUUUCAUGCAAAACAGUGGGCCGAUCAAUUUAAGACAACUAGAUCCUGGUUUGAACCCAUCAUUUUUCUGUGAGAUUUGUGCUGAUGUGCAAUUUUUUUUCCGUUCGUUUUGUUGUAAAGAAUAAACAAUAGAAGAAAACCGGAAAAAGUGAAUCGAAUGAAAGACGACAUUUAUUGAAAAUCGACAUAUUUCGGACGAGGUGUGUAUUGAGAAAAGGAUGUACGAAAAGUUUACAAAGAAGACAUAUGAUUGAUUCAUGUGAUCAUACACUGAUCUUUUGAAACAUUUUGAAAAGACCUCAUUUUGACUGUGUUUGACUACUCUAAAGUAAAAUCAACUGGUUGAACCAAAUUACAUGUAGAAGUGUUUAUGGUUCGCAGAGAAAAAUAAGUGAUUUGACUAAGAAACGACGAGCAAACACAGUGUUUUAUUUUGCCGUGUGAUCAUGUGUCCGCGCUGGCGCGUACCAACGAUGAUGAUUUGAUCGAAUUAUUGAUUUAAAACUCUUUUUUUGCGAUUCGAUUGGGACGAUAUUGUCGGCUGAAGUUAUUGUUGUUCUUGUUGAUAUCGUGCCGUGUCAACUCAGUCUCUCACUCCAAGAACGACAAAAAAAAGCAGAAAUUCGUUAUCAACGGAAAAUGCCAGUUACUUGAAUAUCGUUUUUAAUUUUGUCGUUGUUGUUUAACUAUGACAGAAAUGCUAGACAGACAUCCAAAAGCAUCAUGUGAUUAAGAUUACAGCUGAAAUGGCAAUCGUAUAUUCAAUGCUCAGAUCUCCCGUUUCGAUUAAGCGCUGACGUGUGUGCUUGGUGAUGCGUUUUAUUUAUUUCGACGAGCCAUUGUCGCGUUUAUUAACUACUCGAUAAAAAAAAAGUCGUUUCAAUUUGAAGAAUGCAGCAGCAAAUCAAGUGUGUGUGACAAUUAAGAAAAGAAUUUAUUGGAUUCAUGAAACUAUUAAAUUGAUGUUAAUUAUUUUCUAAAUUGCAUCGCCCAAAAACUCCGGCGAUAGAUAAAAAAACACAGUGAAUUAAAACAAAAGACGAACACAAGGAUAAUCGAAUUUUUUUUUUGUCAAACAGUUUUUGUUUGUCGACAAUUGAGUGAAAAUUUAUUGUUGCUUUAUUGUUGUUGUAAAAUUAGUGCGUGGUGAAUAGCAACAGUUACAUUUAGUACCAUGGAAUCGGAUACCGAGAAACACGACGGUUACAAUGCAUACAGUUCGCCACAUCAUCAAAUGUAUCCAAUGCUUAUGAAUCCGCCACAUAGUCCAAUGGUUGCUGGGGCUUCACAAAGCUCCAUGCACUCCUCAUCCCCAUUAAUGUCAUCCAAUUCACCAAUGCUAUCAAAUAAUUCCCCAUUAAUGCAAUAUUCACCGUAUUCAGACGUUUUACCAUCCACAAUACUCCCACCGCUCGGGCCAAAUGCUACCUCGAACCAAGUUGACGACUCCGUUUCCUGGGGAUACCCAAUGAACUCAGCAUUCUCUAGCGAAUUUUGUAGUAAUUAUGGAAUGUUGCAACGACAAGCGUAUCCAAAUAAUACGAGUAGUAGUGGUGGCGGUACGUCCAGUGGAAAAAUGAGUGCGGCAAAUGCGUUGAAAAGUGCAAAAGAAGCGCGUAUACGACGUCCGAUGAAUGCGUUUAUGGUGUGGGCCAAAGUUGAGCGAAAGAAAUUGGCCGAUGAAAAUCCCGACUUGCACAAUGCUGACUUGAGUAAAAUGCUAGGAAAGAAAUGGCGUUCAUUAACACCACAAGAUCGUCGUCCAUACGUUGAAGAGGCUGAACGGCUUCGGGUGAUCCACAUGACCGAACAUCCUAACUAUAAGUAUCGGCCACGUCGUCGAAAGCACACGAAAUCCCGAACUGGUGCCGGUACUGCGAAUCCGACCACCAUCAACAAUCAAUCAUCCGCUCCACAAAAUAAUCUCUCUGAUCAUCCAUCGCCCGAUUUUGGUGAUCACAUGAGUGGCGUCGAUCGAAUGAGUCCAUACAAUUCGCAACUGUAUUAUGGCACAAGUAAUGCGUUGCACACGCCUGAAUCCAGCCCAAAUCCGCACAGUCCCGAUCCGUCACAGGUUGUGGCACCCAAUUCACGUAAUCGCAAAUUGAAUGCAGUUAAUGGCAAUGGUAACACGGGUAAUAUGUCACGCGGUGGCGGCGGUGGUAAGCAGCAUCAAGAUGAUGUAGCCGCCGUCACAUCAUCACUACCAACACCAGAAAUGAGUCCAUUGGAAUUGGAAAAAGAGAAUUACGGUAAUAGCUUAUCGAAUGACAAGCAAAAAAUCUCUUUUAUGGACUACAAUGGGCAUAUCAAAUCGGAAAAAUCGGGCGCAUCAACACCAAACUCAUAUGCGUACAGUGGCAGUGGUAACAGCGGCAACAGCAAUCGAAAUAUGAACACAUUCGAUAUGGAUUCCAUUGAACAUCACAUCAUCAAACGAGAGUAUAACAGUUACGGCAGUGCAAACAGUAACCAAUUGAACAAUAGCAGCAGCACCACUGACAACAAAACACAAUCAAACAAUUCACGAUCAUAUCGAAUUUACGACAAUUCCGGAAUGUCGUCGGUGGGCAGUCUAACGCCGAACAGUAGUAAUGAAAAGCGAAAUUCGGCGGCCACAUCAACGCUAUCGGCAUCACUGUCAUCGUCGACAACAAUUGCGGCGGGCAAGGGGAUGUAUGUCACGUGUACGAAUCGUGGAAUACUUGAUCAGGGAAAUGUUGUGCGUGGAACAUACUUUCCGCCGUUGGCAACAUCACAAGAUCAUCAAAACUUGGGUACGUCUGCACCGUCGCAAACCGUAUCGGCGACAUCCAUGUCAAAUUUAAGCUAUACGCCCAAUCAUCAUUUGGAUCAUGGCACCAACAGUGCGUUCAACAACAAUACGUCGCGCAUGAAUUCGACCAACAGUGGUUCGAACAGCAGUAGCUCAGGUGCCUUAAUGGCAAAAGAGAAUAAUAAUGUCAUAAUAAAUGCGGAAACAUCACAAAAUGGUUUGUCCAUCGAUGGCUAUGGGAAUUAUGAUUCGGUAACGGUAACCGCACCGAUGCCCACCUAUGCAUCUCCGCCAUUUACAGUGCAGUACAAAGAUUAUAUAAACUAUCACCAGACACAGUCGCCAACAUCAAAUGCAAACACCGGACAAGGUAUCCAUCCACAGCACAUGGUCGACGAGGUGGAUUCACGUGAAUUUGAAAAAUACUUUAAAUACCCCGAUACAAAUCAUAAUUUCAAUGAAUAUGAUUCGAACAGUGCAUAUCAUGGGCAUCCACAUCCAAAUUCAUUAUAUCAUAAUCAUCAAUUGGCAUCGAAUCCAUUGCCACCGCAUGUUCUCUCGUCACCACAUCAUCCGGCCACAAUAGCGCCACAGGAAUACUAUCAUUUGUAUUAUCAUCCAAACUCAAGUGUACCCGGCACCACAACUACCACCACAGUCACAACAGAUUAUUAUUGACAUUUUUAAUUGCAGCCCAUAAUUUAGCCAACAAUUGUAUACCGACCGCUGUUGCCGCCACUGUUCCACUGUCACAAGCACAACCACCACCACAAACCGUGCUCGGCGGCACCGAGAUUUAUGUGCAAAACGAGUCCAUGAAAGAAGACGAAUUCAGCAACAUUCUGGCCGGCGUUCGGAAAACAUGCUACAGCAACUAAAGAACGGGAACAAACAGCAUCAACAAGAGAUGGGUGACAUUAGGGCAUUUUCGAUGAACGAUGUUCACUAUUUUUUCAGUUUCAAUUUUGGAUCGAAAGAAGGUUGUUUUUUUUUUGUUUGGUUUUGUUUUCUUUAAAUACAGUGGACAUAUGAAAUACUCAUGAACGAUGAGUCCUGACAUUCAGUUAUCAUGACCAAAUCGACCAAUUUUACUCAAGAUACAAUCAUAGCGCAUAUCAAACCCAUUUCGUCGUUUCCCCAAAUGAAAAACAUUUAUUGAAAACAUGGGAUACAUACUUUAUUUAAUUUUUUUUUUUCUUCAAAAAAUUGAACAAUUUUACAAGCAAUGAAAAUCAUGAAAUGUCGAAGAAGUUGACAAAAAACAAUGAAAAACAAAUGUUAACAAGAAAAAAAGAUGUAAAAUAGUUCGAUUUAGCUAUGUAAAAAGAUAAUUUCCACAUUGCGUUGAUAAUCUUUUUUUUGCAUGUUCAAUUGGCUUCCAUCAAUCCAAACUAGGUUUUAAAACAGCGCAAAUGGCCUUUGAGUGUUCCGAAUGGCCUUUGGUUCAACUAUUGAACUUCAAAUGCUGCAUUUUGACCGAAGCACAUUGAAAAUAUAAAAAAAAAAUUAUAGACUAAGACACACACAUACAUAAAACACUCCUCGAAAUUUCAAACAUUUCCAUAGCAAUAAUCUUAGUAAUAAAAUGACGUUUCGUGUGUGUAUUCCUUCGAAUUAAAUUCAAUAUUAUGUCGAGUGUUGGAGAAAAUGAAAUUUUCCGAGCAUUCAAAACAAAACAAAAAAUGAGGCAAAAAAACAAUGUUAUUCUUGAAUCUUGUAUCUUAUUUACAAAAGACAAUCGUAUACAUAACAAAAACCGUUAAAAAUAAUUACGUACGUUUUAAUCUAGAUUUCCAUUUUAGUGUUUAACAAAUCAAUUGAUUGAGAUAUUAUUUAUGUUCUUUUUCAAUGUUAAAGUUUAUGAAGCCUUUUGCUAACGUUUAAAAAACAAGACGGUUUCAGUGCUCGAAACCCUUAGUGAAUAACUGACAAAAAGCUGUAGUUGUUUGUUUUUGGCAUUAUUAGUAGAGAAAAACGGCACAGUCUAUAUAAAUAAAGCGACAAAAACACAAUCUGUACUUAAACGAGUUGAAGUUAGAGAAAGUUUGUACUUAAAUUGAACGUUGACGUAUAGUAUAGAGUCACUAGACUCAAUCUAGAGUUUGCCUCAUUGUUGAAAUAGAUGUAAUUUUUAUUUUCUUUCGCCUAGGUAUUUUAGAUGGAGACCGACCACUAUGUAAUAUUUUCCUCAUUAGAGUUUUCUUUUUUCUUCAUAAUUUUUGUUUCUUUCUUUCUGUUUCUCUCAAUUGUACACACGUAUUCGCGCACAAAUUAAUCCAAUUUCUAUACGCUAGUUGUUAGAGAAUUACAAAAAAAAAAACAUCAAAAUAAAUAGAUUUGUCGUUGUAUCGAGACGAUUGGCACACAAAAUCCUUAUAUUUUAGUUAGGCAUUUUUAACACACAGACACACAGCAUCUACUGUAAUUUUUUCUUCUCUUUUUCGUAAUAUUUAAGUUGAGACAAACAACAAAAAUCUUAAAGAACAUGAACAAUAAUAAAAUGGACAAUCUCAACAAAAAAA